AUGUUACAUCGGACCGGAAGGUCUACCCUCUCCAUACGAUUGCACUCCUCAUUAGCAGACAAGUUACGUGCAGUAGUUUCUGGAGAUGAAGAGAAAAAACCGAGUGCCGAAAAAACUAGCAAACGCGAGGCAUUGGAUGUUCCGGUAACUUUUGGAAUCAUUCCUUUCCUAAUUGAAAAUCGCGAAGUGAGUGAAAAAUUUCGGUUCUUAAAGGCUACAUCGUUCAACGAAAUGUUCGUAAUGCCAAAGCGGAAGCUGCGUGGACAAUUGCUGAUAGAACAGGCUACAGGAAGGGUGAAUCUAGAACAACGAAGUCGCCCCGAUAUUUAUGAUCGCCUAGCUGUUCGAAGACCAAGAUCUGAGGAAAUGUCCACUGACCAGGACUGGACAGCUGUUUGGCCUGCAGCGCGAAGCUUUGCCUCAUCAGUGGUACCGCUUCCAGUGCGAAUGGGAACUCGACCUAAUCCUGAGAGACGAGCUCCAUUUAAAAAGCAGGGUAAUCUGGAACUGGUGAAAAUACCUAACUUCCUUCAUCUUACUCCCGCUGCCAUAGAAAAGCAUUGUAACGCCAUCAAGAAGUUCUGCACUGAGUUCCCACCAGAAUUAAUAAACGACCCUAGCUUGGCAAAUUCUGAAUUUCCUGUACGGAUUACUUACAACACUUAUGUACAUCAAGGGGUCAACAUCCGGGAUAAUCGAUCGCGAGUGAUUACUCUACAGGUGAAACUCUCUGCCCUUCCGUUGUCUCCUCAUGCCAGAGAAAAACUUAUUCGUCUGGCUACGAAUCGAUAUGAUGAGAAAACGGAUAUGUUGACCAUCAUCACAGAUAGGUCGUGCUAUACAAGAAAACAAAAUCUGGAUUAUGCCUUCUAUCUUCUCACAGCAAUAUUCCACGAGGCUCAUAAAGUAGAGCCAUGGGAGACAUUGAAAGAAAGAGCUGAUAGUCUCAAAGUCGAGUUCGAAGGCUCAGAAACUCAAACGAAGUUGAUAUCGGUUUUGAAGCAGGUCAUAGCUCAUGAUAAACUUGUGAGUUUCCAUCCUUGGCUUUUAAUGUCAAUCAAAAAGAAAACUACAAAAUCGAUCUAA